CUGGAAUGAUGUUCUCUUAUGGUUGGAUUCGCUUCGGACCCAUUUAGGAUCCGCUCUACACAAGGAACGAGCUCAAAGCACUUGCCAAUGGGUCCACGAAAAACAGCCCUUUCAUCAUUGGAGAACUUCGGGACAGUCCGAAGGACUCUGGAUUUUUGGAAAACCAGGAGUCGGCAAAACAGUGCUCUCGAGUUACAUUUCAGAAGCCUUGAAGUCCGAGAAUAGCCAGAUAGUCAUCACCCUGCAUUGUCAUUCGUAUCGUUCACUGAAUGACCCCAUCCACGCUCUUAUCCGCGAUAUUCUUGUUCAGGCCUUACAAACUCCAUUUCUGUCUGUCAACGUCAAACGCCGACUUUUGGAUCUCAAAUCGCAGACGACUGCCAUGUCGGAUAUUGCCUUCGACGCACUUCUCGAGGUUAUCCAUGACACUUUCCAUGGAGUCCCAGAUAUAUUCCUCAUUGUUGAUGGUAUUGACGAAAUCGAUCAACAAGCAGCAGAGCUCGAAGCUUUCUUGCACGAACUCGAGAGUCUUUCGCAAUCAGCAACUCUGUGCAAAGCAUUGAUCGUGAGCCGCAAUACACCAAAGCUGGAAAAAUUGCUUACAGGUUGGAAAACAAUGGCCAUAUCCUCUUCUGACUCCCUUCGCGACAUCUCGGUGUUCUUGAAUGAGAAGCUCGAAAACAUGACACAUUUGGGCCAACGCCGAGAUGAAAUCAUCGAAAGGCUUGUUGAAGGUUCGAAGGGUUUAUUUCUCUGGGCUGAUCUGGCUGUGAGCGAACUUGACCAUUUGAGAACUUGGAACGAGAUCCAAAAGUUACUUGAGCAUGGUAAUCGUGGAUUGGACAUGAUAUAUGCGACCAUUAUUAAGCAACUAGACACAUCAUCCGAAGGAUUAUGCCGAAUACGAGCCAGAGCUCUUCCACUGGUCGCUGUUGCCUGUCGCCCCUUUCGGCUGGAGGAAUUAACGGAAUUGUUAGCCGUGGAAGUCUCGAGAAGACUUCUUACUAUCUCACCCGUCGGCGAUGGCUUCGCCGCAAGAAUAUCUCCUGGAUGGUUCGGCCGAAACCGAGAUGGCAUGCCUCUGUCUCUCAUAUCUCAAUCUUACCGUUUUUGGUAGAAUGCCAGGAGAAGAUGCGAAAAUGGAUGCCAAUACCCUAAAUCAGCAACAUCCAUUGUUGGAAUACUCUUCGCAAUUCUGGCCGGACCAUUUCCUAAGGUCGGACACCAUAACUUCCUUGCAGCUGGGGCUGCUAUAUCAAUUUUUGAGCUCUCCCAACAGUGUCACCUGGACUACG